AUGUCCUGUCCAGAUCCACCCACCGAACAAAAUAUUGGAGCGACGCAGCACAAGGCUGCACGCGGCUCCGUCGAGGGGAUCCUCGGCGUUGCCCUGUUCGAUGAAUGCGAGCGGUGCCCACGCUGGACUCUUACGGCGGCUGCUGCGCGCUCCCUCCCCAACUCUUCACACGGCAGCGGCGGAGGUCACCACGGCAACGGCGGUGCACGUGGAGCCGACGGAGAGUGUGCGACGCGGCCAGCGGCGGGUCCACGCGAGGCAAUCGGUGCGCAACGUGUCCCUACCGUUUUCUCAGGAGGCCGAUGCACCGCCGUCAACGACGACGCGCUCGUCGUUAAGGAAUCUCAGUAUAGCCUUCAUAUUAUCUGUGGUGUUAAUGAGCUUGUAUCUGGGCCAAAGUUUUGCAAAACCUUUCUGGCGCAUCUUCCUUUCAAAUAUCAACAUUACCAUAUCAACUUUCUGGCGACUCUAGAUGCUCAACCUCCAAAGCUCUUCUUUGCUGAAUGUAACCUCGAUGAUCAUAAUGAUACUUGGUGUGUCCCUGUGGAGUGGUCACCCCCAGUUGGUGGACAAGCUCGAUGCUUUUAUUGUGAGAGUCAUGGGAAUAGGAUCAUCCAUCCAGCCCUGUCCGUUUUCCAUGGGUUUGACUUUGAAGAUGCCUUCUUUGGGCCAGAUAAUAAAUAUUUUUAUGGCAACGACCAGAUCAUCUUCUUUGAAUCUGCAUUUAUGGAAUGGGUGAAUGUUGUGGAAGAAGAUGCUAUAUACAACGAUUACCGGCUUCGUGAUGACGAUGGUAAUGGACACUACUCCUCCAAGCUUUUACGACUUGAUUGAGUAUGCUUUUGCGUGAAGCUCACAUGGCGCAACAGGAGACGUCACCCAUAGCCUGAAGGCCCGACGCGCAUGGAGAGUGGCUGACAAGCAACCAGCGCGUGCACGUAGUUUGUGUAGCUCAGGAUUAGUCAGUUUCCUUCUUUUGAUACUUUACCUUAGAAGAUGAUCAUCGUCGAGAGAUCAAACUUUAAUUAUGUGGUUAUUUUUGGUUGAAGUAUGCUGUUAUAUGAAGUACUAUAUUAAGGUCC